GAAAAUAACAGGAUAGAUCACCAGAGCUGAAGUUUGAACAGAGCUUGAAAUUUAAUACUCUGGAGUCUCUUCAAGCCUCAGCCAUGGUUGAGACUCCGACUGGCAUGUGCUACAUAAAUCCGUUUCAAUUAGAAAAAUUUAAGAAUAUUUCAUAAGACCAAAUUUAUUAAAAUAUUGUUAAUAAAAACCCAAACUUUGUGCAUGACUGAGAAAACUCUAACAACUAGGCUUUAUGAGCGUUAUAUACAAUCUUUCAUGUAGGAGGAUAAAUUUAUGAGUGUUCUCAUACAAAAUUAUUGACGAAUACUGCAGAUAUUAAGUUAUUGCCCAGCACUGGUUUAGAAAAUAUUCACCCAUCUGGUAUCAUGAUGAGUCGCAGUUAUGAUAGGUAAAUUAUUUGUAAAUAACUCUAGGUGUAAAAUCUAUAAGAGUUAUCAUAGUCUUAAUUACAUCUAAAGAUCAUGUUCUACCAUCUUGCUCUAGUUGUUAUUUCUUUGACAAAUCUUUAUGAAGAUGAACUAAGAUGCACUCUGAAUCUCUCUCUGGGGGAACUCCAGAGUUUAUUAAGAGCUAAGAUGAUCGAUUUAUUCAUAGUUUAUAGCUAUUUGUACUAA